AUGGGGUGUAAACAAACGAGAACAACUCCAUCAGCUGUUGUUAACGUAACUUCGUCAUUUGAACCGGUUUAUGUAAAAAGUGCAUUAAAAAAUUCUCGAUCGAAAGGAAAAGGAAAAACUGAAAGACUUUCUAUGACAGAACAAGAUAUACGUGGACGUAGUAAAUCAGUUAAUUUUGAUGAAAAAGUAGAAGUUAAAUUACGUACACCUACACCAGGACUAUAUUAUGAUAAUGAACCAACAUCUAGAAAAGUUGGAAGAAGCCAGUCAUUUGAGAGUGAUGAUAAUAGCAUUCAAGAUGUUGAUUCAGUAGUUUCAUCAGCUUCAUCACAAGAUACUUACAAUGAACAUUAUGAAGUACAGAUAAUACCUCAUCCUUCAUCUCGACAACGAAAAAAUUCAAAUGAAGCUUGGUCUAAUAGUAAUACAGUAGUAUCACCACCGAUAAAUAAAAUCAAUGCAAAAACUAUCAUUUCACCAUCGUUAAUACAACAUUCGACUAACAAUACGACUGUAUAUCCGAUAGAAAAUCCGCAUCUUCCAAACGGACAACCUUUAAAAGUACGUCGUCAAGUAAGCAAUGCCGUUGCACCACAAUCUUCACGUACAGUUAUUUCGCCUGAAUCCUAUCCUGUGUCUUCCACGCGACCAAAUGUACAAUCCACUUCUCACAUAACGCAACGACCAUUACCAAAUACGAAUGCUGUAGUUGUUGAACAUCAUGGAUCAUUUUCUAAUAAUGAAUCUUCAUCACAACCUGCAUAUUAUGCUUUUAGUCGACGAACGACUGAAAAUAGAACUUCAACAAAAACUUAA